UGAGCAGAUUUUAUCGUGAGCUGAAAUCUUUGGUCAGCAAGCACUGAGCUCCUGCUCAGACAGUAACCCUAUAAUCGCUGCAUAACUGUCGGUCUUGAGGACGGGUUUCUUUGAAUCAUUUCUCAAACCCCCUAGCACAUGGAAGGAUGGACUUGGCAGCCUGCAAAUUUUGAUCUGUGAAAUCAAUGCUGAAAAUUACUAUUGAGUGCAUUAUCAAUUUCUGUUGGACAAGUGCAGGAAGAACAGACUUGAAAGUAGAGUUGUGUAGUGGAAAUGUGCAAGAAUAAGUUUUGUGAAGACAUGUAAAGAUUGCAUACAAACUGUGAAUUCAUAGUUAACACAGCAUCAUGAGCCACCCUCAACAAGGGAUACCCAUGGGAAUGGAGGGCCAGUUAUCGGAGACUGCAGCCAUAUCGGCAUUUUCUGUUAUGGAUUCUUCUCGAUUGUCCACCUUUGUCAUUUCCAUAUUGCUGAUUGUAUAUGGUAGCUUUAGGUCCUUAAACAUAGAACAAGAAAAUCGAGAGAAAGACAAAGACAAGCAAUAUGCCGCUACUACUGAUGGAGAGAACAACGUGCAGACCAUUGAUGCCUGCCAGGCCGCCUUCCUCCCCAUUGGAGCCUCAGCAUCUCUCCUCAUUAUGUUCCUCUUCUUUGACUCUCUACAGAUGGUUUUUGCUAUUUGUACAGCAGUUCUGGCGACAGUUGCAUUUGCUUUCCUCCUGUUACCUAUGUGUCAAUACCUCAUUCGUCCCUGUUCCACCGGCCAGAAGAUAUCAUUUGGAGUGUGUGGCCGGUUCACAGCAGCUGAGAUCUUGUCCUUCUUCCUGUCCUUUAUGAUUGUGUGUAUAUGGGUGCUGACAGGACACUGGCUCCUGAUGGACGCUCUUGGUAUGGGACUGUGUGUGGCGUUUAUUGCCCUGGUGCGACUUCCCAGUCUGAAGGUCUCCACCCUGCUGCUGGUGGGACUGCUGGUGUAUGAUGUUUUCUGGGUAUUUUUCUCCUCAUACAUCUUCAGUGCGAAUGUAAUGGUAAAAGUUGCCACGAGGCCAGCAGAAAAUCCGGUUGGUUUGUUUGCCAAAAAACUCCACUUGUCUGGUUUUAUGAGAGACGCACCUAAGCUAUCAUUGCCUGGCAAACUUGUAUUUCCAAGCAUUCAAAAUUCUAGUCAUUUUUCAAUGUUGGGCCUCGGAGACAUUGUCAUGCCAGGCCUACUUUUAUGUUUUGUACUUCGGUACGAUGCUUAUAAGAAAACACAGACCAACUCGGUGGAGGCGGGGGUCCCGCCCCCUCCGACCUAUGUCCACAAGGUCACCUACUUCCACUGCUCUCUGAUUGGCUACUUCUUAGGAUUACUAACUGCCACUGUGUCAUCUGAAGUGUUCAAGGCAGCCCAGCCAGCCCUGCUAUACCUGGUCCCCUUCACUCUCCUUCCUCUACUCACCAUGGCAUAUCUCAAGGGAGAUUUAAGAAGAAUGUGGAGUGAACCAUUCAUUGUUCAACCUGCACCAAAGAAUCUGGAUGUGUAGUUACAAUUCAAGUGUGAUGGGAGAUAACUCUCAUAUACAACUUGCCCCAAAACAGUAGAGGAUUGUAGUGCAUGUAACAUUUUGAAUGUGGCAAAUUCCAAAUGAAGGAUUGUAGAUCCAGUCGAGUUCAGCAGAUUUUAGUGCAAUGUGUCAAAGUGAUGUGAUCCAUGACAUUUUUUAAUUAGACAUUUUCUUAGAAUUAAGUUUUGCAUUGGCCAGUGACAUUAUGGUAAAGAUUUAAGGCAAGCAUUUCACAACAAGCCAACAUGGUUGCGCAGGAAAACUUACUUGUAAUUAAUAUCAUGUGCAUUAUGAUGUUUUAUGAAUGCCAAAAAGGAUUUAAUCAUCAAGUAUUUCCAAGAUUUGUUUCCAUUUAUUAGGAGAUAUUUUCAGCAUUAAUCAAUGUAGAGCAUCAUAUUUUUAUUUUACAGAAAAAAUUAAGGUAGAUGUAAAAUGUGUGUAAAUGUGAGGAACUGCAGAAUAUGAUUGUAUAAAUCAUGAGUGUUUUAUCCUGUACUAUACAGACAUUCGCCACGUGUAUUCAUAGAAAAAGUAAUUUCACUUACAUUUUACUUAUACAUGUAUAAGAAUUAAACAAUGAGAUCUUUGAUGCUUAAAUUUCGGUAUCUUUAUUUUUGGUCAUUUUCAUUUACCGGUACAUUCAAAUAUGGAAAUUUUUCUUCGGGAUUAAUAUGCUAAAUUUGGGUGUAUUUCAUUUAAAGGAAAUUUUAAAUAUUAUUGCAGAUGUUUCAAUGCUUUACCUACAACCAUUUGAUAGAAUUAAUUAAGAGAUGAAAGCAAUGUUUUUAUAUUUUUUUUUUAAGUUUUUGCAUUUCUUCAGAUGUAACAGUUAACCUGACCCACCCAGCCUUCUCGCCAUAUGAAUGGGAUAGCGGAAGACCAGUCUAUGGAAUUAAUCUUCAUCUCAUACCUGCUAUGUAGCAGGAACCCAGAACCUAUUACUAAAAAAAACAUUUUUUUAUAGUGCUUUUGCUGCACUUAUGGUUAUUGAAGAAAUAGGAUUUUUACAUCAUGCUUUAAGUCCAUAGACAGAAGAGUAUCAUUGAUUUUUUUUAUUUUUUAGAAUUUUUAUAUUAAAAUGGUUGAUGGUGAAUUGAAUAUGUUACUAUGUAACAUGAUGAAAAAAAUGUUUGCUUUAUUCAUAUUUGUGAUCAUAAUAGAUAUUGAAUAAAUGUUGUAUAAAUAUU